AUGUCUGAUGUGGAACAGCUGCUCGAGCAUGCGGAGGACGAGGAUCAGCCGGAAACCCCCAUCAAGAUCUACACAGCCAUUUGCAUUGAAGGGGCUGGCCUCAAAAAGAAGUCAUGGCAGCCUGCCAUUCAGUCCGUGUCCGGCACCAACUUUGCGAAGUUCAACAAAUGGGACCGCUACCUAACAACAUUCGUGACCGGCAAGGGGUUGCGGCUACACAGCUCGAAAGAGCACAAUAUCAACCGGCAGUGGUUUCGAACCAUGGAAGAGUUGAGGAAGGCCGCCUGUCAGGAAUCCUUGAAACGGGUAAUCGUUCAAGCUGCUGAAGCGGAAGGCACCCCGGUCCCGCCCAAGAUCCGCCCGGCAACCCAGCAGGACGAAUACCUCGCCGGGCGGACCGUGCAGGUGACGGGGCCAGCAGUGCACAACGACUCCGAGGAGCUCGUGCAUGAAGAACACCAGAUGGUCAUGUUGUGGGGGAUCAAAGGGGCUGACCUCUGGAUCGAGCUGACUGAGGCCAACUUGGGAUACAUUCGCUUGGCCAUCCUGCACUCGCCACCCUUCAUCCAGCCACCUCCCAAAAAGGCUGCUCGAGGCGGUGCCAGCCCGAAGAAGCGCCGAAAGCGAGGCCCGAAAUCUAAAGCAGCCCUCCGUGACGAUGAAGAAGCCGAUGCUGCAGAGCCUGCCCCGUCUGAGGACAACGACGUUGACGAGGCAGCCCCCCUUGAAGGUCAGGACAUGUGA